AUGGGCUGGGCGUUAAAAUCAAAGGCAAAGGUAGUAAGUUUCAAUGAAAAGCAAAAAUCGUAUCUUGAAAGCAAGUUUUUACACAUAGAGAUGUUAGGGAAAAAGAAAAGUGGAGAGGCUGUAGCUAAAGAUAUGAAAAAAGCCAGAGAUGCAAAAAGUGAGCGGUUGUUUUCAUUAGAAGAAUUCUUGACCCCGCAACAAAUUAACUCAUACUUUUCUCGCUUUGCGGCCAAACGAAGGCAGCUCAGUGAAUCGGAAAUU